CUUUAAGUGGUACUCCGAUACGAUGUUUUGGUUUUGAUGCUGUCCUGUCAAGUGUUAAGUUAAGUCGUCGUCGCCAGCCAGCCAGUACGGCUUUGAUUGUUGACAGAUGUCGUUCUUUUGUCUGUCUCUUGUCUUUCAGUUUGUGGGUUCAUGCAUUUGAAAGGAGCCAUGGAUUACAAAGGCACGCAUCAAGUUAAUAACUCGUCUACUGACAUCUCUCAAAGUGCGGAGGACGAUCCACUGGUUGAGGGACCCUUGAUCUCUCAGGAUACCCUUGAUUCAGCCAUCAAGAGGGAAUUUAAAAAAUUACCCACUUCCUGGACGGCUGGACUACUGCUGUUCUUUCAUGUGGCUUUCGUGUGUUUGUCGGUUGUGGUGUGUGUAUUGUGUGGGCUAGAAGAUGGACGUCGUGCGGAGUGUGCAGCCUUGAUGCGUGGUAUGGACAGCAAGACGUUGGUGGUACUUUGUAAAGUGGCACUGUGGAUCAUCUCGUACAUCCACCAACACUUUGUUCAGUACCACAACACUGCAGCCAGACGCAGAGGCUACCUGCACUUCUACCGACAGACACGAGACACCGUAUCCCUGCCGCUGCUCAUGCAGUCUUUAGGAAACCUGCUCAUUCUGCUGCUGCUGGCUCUCACCACUGUGCUGGACGGGGCCCAGAGGCAGCUGUCUGUCUACCUGCUGUUGGGAGUUCUGAGUCUGGAGCUGUUGCUGUCUGUGGUCUUUCUGAUGCUGUACAUAGUGAAGGUGGUGAGAUUUAACAUGGAGAAACUCAGUCCUGACAUCAAUCAAGAGGAGCACUUCCACACCUACUUGAGCAGUGGCAGUCACGCUCACACCGAGACAGGCUUCAGGGAUGGCUCGAGUCUUGAGGAGGUGGUGGAGAAGCAGGCGGACCUGAUUGAGUACCUGAAGCAGCACAACACUCUUCUGAGCAAGAGGAUUCUGGCGCUCACUGCUCAGCAGAUCAGAGACUGACACCAGGACCCUCCACUGCCUGCUGCACUGCACGACUUUUAGCUGUGUGUGUGUGUGUGUGUGUGUGUGUGUGUGUGUGUGUGUGUGUGUGCGUGUGUGUGCACACACGUGCACGUCUGCAUAAUGUGUGUGUGAAAUCAAACUGGUUGUGUGCCUGGUGAGUAAGCACAUUGUGUUUGUUGGGUGUGUGUGUUUGUAUUGAGAGUGAGGGAGAUAGUGAGAGGGUCCGGCCUCUGAGGUCAUGGCUGGCUGAUCAGAGAAGUCUUUAGUGACAAAUGACCCCAAGUAACCUUUCCUUAACGAUACUCUCGCAUUACUAUGCCAAUAGUUCCCUAACAACACAAUGGUUUGAGCCAGGAAUGAAUCAUGUUCAAUCAUUUCUAUUACUCAUCUCUUAUCUCUUAUUAUUCUAUUCCUCAUCCCUUAUCUCAGUGGUUGAUAUUUUGGGCAGGGUCUAAUGUUUUAUUUUUCUAUUUUACUACUUUAACUAUUAUUAUUUUGUUUACAUGAAAAUUAAUGAUUUGUGUCACCUCAUAUAUGUAAUGCUUCUCUGUGUGUGUGUGUGAGCAAGUGAUAGAGAGUGUCUCAGGAAUUGUGUGGAUCUGCUUUGGGUUACUGGUCUUGAUGGUUGUUUUCUUGCCAUUUCUGUCAAACUACUCAUGUGUAAGUGGAAAAGUAAAGUGUUCCAUAUUAAAGACUGUUUGAGAUGA